AUGCACUGCUGUGCUGCUGGCAUUGCUGGCUCUAGGAGUUCAUGGCAACGAGGUCAAGAUCGUAUGUUCUGCUGUUCAAUUGCGCCGACUAUAGCUGCCAGGAUACUGACUCUUAACCAGGACCAGAAGGAAGUAAACCGACAACAAUGCUCGGGCAUGUUCAGCCGCAAAGGUUGGGGAGGAGCUGUAGAUCCCUUCAUCCUGACCAAGUUUGUCAAGCCCGAGGACAUCCCCGAAGACCAGGACCCCGUCGUAUCGCUCGUCAUGUUUGAGUGGUCAGACCGUGACUAUGUUGGCAAGCUCAUGGACGAUACAACCUCGGACCGUGCCUACAUCUGCGACGCCACGGCAAUCGAAGCCAAGUUCUGCAACACUACCGAGGGUGAAUUCAUCUUGUCUCAGGACUCGGGCAAGAGCAAGAGCUUGAUCAUUA